UUGAGAAGAGGAGUUUUGGACGUGUUCAUUUUUCCCUGGAUUCCCGGGAGCACUAAUUGCUCUGCACUGUUGUUUAUAGCGCCUGGUGUCACUGUAAAUAAACUCUCUUUAAUUAAAACCUUAGUUCUGCGCUAGAGUCCGCUCGUUCACCUUGACAGGAUCAGAAAUUACAAUUUCUUUCAGUUUCUAUUCUUGGUCAUGGAUGGUUUUGUGCGAAACAAACUGACUGAAUGGAAACUAAGUGACUGGAUUGAGGCAUUUGAAGCUCAAGAAAUUGAUAAGGAAAGUCUGUAUCUUCUCGAUGAACAGGAAAUUGAUCAAUUGAUCACAAAAGCUGGACCUAGAGUAAAAUUCAAGGAUAAACUAAAGCUGUUAAAGGAAGAGCAAAAUACAACUCAACCACAAAAAGAAGCCGUCAAUACUUCUGGUCAAUCUCCAGUUGCAGCUCAACACAGCCCGUUCCUCCUGCACUAUCAGGAGCAGGAUCAGCAGAAACUCCUCAACAGCAACAUUGUACCCCAUCAGGAUUUGCCAUCAAUAAGUGAAAAAGGAAAAAGAAAGUCAGAACUUUUUCAGAGUGAGUUCGGCGAAUGGCAACCAUCUCCUAAACGACAAUACAACUCUGCAGCAGGAUCACAGUCAGAAACAGAAAUACUGUCUGAUGUCAAAGACAUAAUGAGACGUGUCAGUGAAAGACUACAUGGCCGUGACAAGCUCAGCGCUUUCCUAAAGGAUCAAAUCAAAGAUUUGGAGACAGAAAAGAGACACCUGGUUGGUGUCUUUGGUAGAACUGGGGCUGGAAAGAGCUCUUUAAUCAAUGCCAUCAUAAAUAAGGAGGGCCUGUUGCCUUCUGGAAGUGUCAGUGCAUGUACCUCAGUAAUGAUAAAGGUGGAGGCUACCAAUGGAUCAAAGUAUGAGGCACACAUCGAGUUCAUUACAAAAGAGGAUUGGGAAAAUGAGGUGCAGUCCCUAAAACAGGCUCUUGAAGAUCAUGAUGAUGAUGAUGAUGAUGAUGAUGGUGGUAAUGAUGAUUGUCUUGACCCUGAUGGAAAGUUAUCAGCGCUGUAUGGAGAAGAGUGGAAAGGAAAAUCAACUCACAGCCUCAUGGACAACAAAUAUUUCAGAGAUAUUCCAGAGUUUCUGAAGCCCAAGAUAAAAAUUUUGGAAAGUGACUCAGCUGAAGGAUUGUCUGAAAAAUUUGUGAGAUAUACAAGAAGUGAGUCAAAUGAGACAGAAGAAGUAAAGAGGUGGUACUGGCCACUUGUGAAGUGUGUGACUGUCAAAGUGCCAGACAAUGAUUUUCUUGAUCAUGUCACACUCGUGGACCUUCCUGGAAACGGUGACUCUAAUAGAAGCAGAGAUCAAAUGUGGACAGAGUUUAUUGCCAGUUGUUCUACAGUGUGGAUUGUGACUGAAAUGACUCGAGCAGCAUCAGAAAGAGAAGCCUGGGACAUCCUGGAAGAUGCCAGCAGCCUGCUGGGAAAUGGUGGCGAGUGUCAGCAAAUUCAUUUUAUCUGCACCAAGUCAGAUCAUGAAAAACCAGAUGAUAUAAACAAAGUCAAGAAAGCAGUGAUGAAUGCAUUCAAAAAGCGGGAAACGAUUACGAAUCACUUCAGUGAGGAUAGUUUCCAAGUCUUCACAGUGAGCUCCAAAGAGUUCCUCAAAGGGGAGAAUGUAAAUCCAGAUGUCAAUGAAAUACUGAAACUCAAGGAAAUUUUGAAAAAUCUAAAUGACGCUUGUUCAGAGACUUCAAACUAUGUGUCUGGAGCUCAUGGGAUUCUGUCUUUGAUUCAAGGAGCCAGAAGCAGAGAAGUGGUUGAACAAAAAAACGAGGUGUGUGCAGUCCUUGAGGGGAACUUGAGCAUCCAACAUAAUCGAGUCAAAAAAGCAAUUGAAGACAUUACAAAAGCUUUUGAACAACACCUAUGUGAGGGAGUUGAAAAAUCCCAAAAUUUAUGUGAAAGAAAACUGAGGUCCUUCUUACACCCCAGUAAAACAAGUGGCAGAUCUUUUCACAAGACGCUAAAGUCUGCAGUUAGGAAUGUUGGCAUCCAGAAACCAAAAAAAGGGAAGCGAAAAGACCUCAACAUGAUAUUAGCGUCUUAUUUGACUGAAAGCAUUGAUGAAAAAUUCAGAAAGACCUUCCCAAACGACCUAAAAUGUGGAAAUUUCAAUGGGGCCAUUGAUGCGUUUUCACUCAACACUGAUUCACUGAUUGAAAAGUACAAAAAUGUCAAAUUGCAACUGACAUUUCUCCAGACAGAGGAAAAAAAAAUGAAGACAAAGCUCAACAAAACCAUCCUCACACAAAAGAAAUGGAUCUACAACAGUCUGACAGAGACAAUCAGGAGUAACAUGAAAGGAUGCUACAAAGAAGCAGCAGCAUUUGAAGGACCAGGCACCCUGAAGAGGAUGAGGGACACUAUUGAGAGACAUGUGGAGUCAAAGAAGUACAUGUUUGAAGAGGCAAAAAAUGCCAUGUUGGAGCAGUUGAACGAUUUGAAGGAAACUGUCCUGAGGACGCUGAAGAAAACCAUGGAGGAUUCCAUUGAACACUCACUCAAGACUGAGGCCUGCUCACUGCCAGAUGUUUUGGAACAUCUUGAGAUGGUGAAGAAACACUGUGAUGAACUUAAUCGUGAUCAAGAUGAAAAAAAGUAACCACACUGGAAACAGCUGAGGCCUGAUAACCCACAGGACAUCCCUGAGGAAACACUGAUUAGAGACACGAGGUCUUUACAUAUUAUCACAGUAAUAUUUGUUUUGCUCUCUUUUAAUGUUGUGUUUAUGUGUACUUUUGACUUUUUAAUGAAUUUUAUACAAAAAGCAUCUUGAAUAUUAUAGAUAUCAAUUAAAACUGCUAAUAUUAAGGUGUUAAUCACGAGUGUCUAAAUCAUGUUUUGAUUUCUUUCUUUUUAAAAAUUUGUUGUAGUUUUUAAUCACUUAUAGCAGAGCGUGAAGACAUGUAAUGCAUUCUCCAUUUAAACCUGAGAUUUAUGGUUUUAAUUGUAAGAGUCUGAGAUUACGGUUUCCAAAAGCAUUUUGAUUUUUUUGCUUGUUUUAAAUAUCAUAAUUUAAUGUUUUAAGUUGAUGUGUAUACUGUUGGUUCAUUGGGACGGGAACGUUUAUUUUAAUGUAAGUGCUUAUCAGUUAAACAUUGAGCCUCAUCCAGCACUGAAAAGGUACCAAUUUUACAUCACAGUUCUAAUGACAAAUACUUGUUUGUUGCAGUUAUACAAUAUGCGUACAUGAC